GCAAAUGCUGGGUGUACAAAGUGUGUCAAGAGCAAAACAAAUUAGUACACUGGACGGAAAAUCCUUAAUUACCUAAUCUCUGUUUACUUUUAACAGAGAUGGCCUCUUCUGUUCACCCCCGUGUCUUGAAACUGACCAAGCAAGACGGCCAGAGCUAUGGCUUCUUCCUGCGGAUCGAAAUGGGAAAGCAGGGACACCUGGUGCGCAAUGUAAAGAAGGGGGGCCCUGCAGAGCAGGCUGGGAUGAAGGAUGGUGACCGUGUCCUGAGAGUGAAUGGGGUUUUUGUGGACAAAGAGGACCACACCAGGGUGGUGGAGUUGGUUAAAGACAGUGGACUGUCAGUCACCUUUCAAGUCCUGGACGAGGAGUCCUAUGAGAUGGCAAAGGAAAAAGGGAUCAGCCUGUCUGAAGAGGGGCAAGCAAGUCCAACACAACAGCCGGUGAUUAAUGGAGUGGCAGGUGCGACACCAAAGCCCAAACUGUGCUACCUGGUUAAGGGAAAAAAAGGAUAUGGAUUCUCACUUACAUCUACACGAGGUGUUCAAGGGAUGUUCUUCUGUGAGGUGCACUCCUCUGGGGUUGCAGCAAAGGCAGGUGUUCAAAACAACGACCGGCUGAUUGAACUUAAUGGUGAUAACGUUGAGAGCUCCAGUCAUGAGCAAAUUGUAGACAAGAUGAAGGCUUCUGGCAACAGCAUUGUGUUUCUGGUUGUGGAUGGGGAGGCUGACAGAUACUACAAGAACAAACAGAAAAAGCUGACUGGAGGGAUGGCCACCAUGAAGCACCUUCCACAUAAACCCCGCAUAGUGGAGCUCACUCAGGGCCCUGGCGGCUAUGGAUUCUACCUGAGGCAACAGUAUGCUAAGCUAGGUCAUUUCAUUAAGGGCAUAGAUGCUGGCAGUCCAGCAGAUAAAGCUGGACUGAAGGACAUGGACAGGCUGGUGGCUGUGAAUGGGGACCCUGUAGAUUCCUUGGAGCAUGAACAAGUUGUGGAGAAGAUAAGGCAGUGUGGCAAAAAGUCUACUUUACUGGUUGUUGAUGGAGAAACUGACCAAAUGUAUAAGAUGGCAUGUGUAUCUCCAUUGCUGUACUGGGAUGAGGUCCUGGAUUCUCACAGUGAAGCUGCAGAACCAACUGCAGCCACCCCCAGUCAGGAGAGCGGCGAACACAAACCCAUACCAGCCGCAGCCACCCCUAGUCAGGACAGCAGCGAACACAAAUCCAGACUCUGUCUGCUGGAGAAGACAUCAGGUGGCUUCGGUUUCCAUCUCAAUGCAAUCCGAGGACUGCCUGGCCAGUUUGUUAAGGAGGUGGCUAGUGGAAGUCCUGCAGAUAAAGCUAGCUUGGUAGAUGAUAACAUUGUGAUUGAGGUGAAUGGCGACAAUGUAGAGAACAAAUCGCACAAGGAGGUGGUGGAGAUGAUCAAGAAGAGUGGCAACAGGCUUGAAAUGUUAGUAAUUGAGAAAAAGGCCUACAACUACUUCAAAGAUAAGAACAUACCCAUCACCACAGCUCUCAUAGGAACAUCAACGAUAAACAAACCAGCAACUCCCCCGUUCAAGGCAAAGGAGCUCAAAAAUGAGGAAGACUACCCAGCUCCUGCCCCAGUCACAGCCAAAGCUCCAUCUCCUUCUACACCCCCCUCUUCAACCCUAGCUGCAAACCUAACUCCACCUCCCUCUUCAGCCCCAGCUGUAGCCCCAUCUCAAGAUAGUCCUAAGGAGACAGGAAGAGAGUAAGCAUUCCUUAAUGUUUCACACUGUCCUUCAGACUGUUUACAA